CGAAUGAAGGGCUUUUGCCCUAAACGUCGAUUUCGCUGCACUUUGGAUGCUGCCUCAACUGCUGUGCUCUUCCAUCACCACCACUGAUCCAGAAACUGAGGAGCAUUUACUCAGUGAGUGCAAGAGGUUUGUUUGAAACAGACCGUAAUGGAGAGAUCAGCGCCCAGGGAAGCGAGGGAACAGCAGGCUCCUUCCAGCAGCACAUCGGGAUGGGAGCCUGGAACACAGAGGGGGCUCCCAGACCGGGAUUGAUUCGGAGCAAAUAUUUGAUGGACCAAUCCAAGUGUGACCAGCUGUUUCUCACACCCAGCAGCCCAUUCAGAGGACCAGAAACAGACAUGCGGGGCUAGAAACACACCCUUCCCCCCACUUCAUCACAACAACGAGCAAAAGGAAACCGAGCCAAUACCACCGUCACUUUCUGUGUCACAGACACAAAACACAUCUCCCUCAGUCAGACUGACAGGAACAGAAAUACGGAAUCGACGUUUCGGGCAAAAGCCCUACAUCCAUCCGCUUCACGUUUCAUUGCAGAUUCUGACUGAUCCACAUUGCAUACCACACAAACCAAUCAGAGAGACUGCGAUUUUGUUAAAUAUGUCAGUGGAAAUUACCCAAUCGGGAAUCAGGAUUUACCCCAUCCCUCAUUAGCAUUGCUGACGCCGUCAGUCUAUAAAGAGGGAACUCCGAGCCCACUUUCCCUUAUUCUGUUUCUGAAAGUGAGCGGCGUUAUGGCUGAUGAGAAGAAAGCACAGCAAGCCUCCAAGAAGGGCGCGAAGAAAAUCAUCAAGAAGGCGCCAGCAAAGGGUAGCAGGAAGAGGAAAAGAACCAGGAGAGAAAGUUACUCCAUCUACAUCUACAAAGUGAUGAAGCAGGUUCACCCCGACACCGGCAUCUCCUCCAAGGCCAUGAGCAUCAUGAACUCGUUCGUCAACGAUAUUUUCGAGCGGAUCGCGGGGGAGGCUUCCCGCCUGGCCCAUUACAACAAGCGCAGCACCAUCAGCUCCCGGGAGAUCCAGACCGCCGUGCGGCUGCUGCUGCCCGGGGAGCUGGCCAAGCACGCCGUGUCGGAGGGCACAAAGGCGGUGACCAAGUACACCAGCUCCAAGUGAAGGACCGCACUGUACUGAAACGAACAUAAGUCCACAACCCAAAGGCUCUUGUAAGAGCCACCCACAACUCCCGCGAGACAGCUGAACUAUUUAUUUAUUUUUUCUCUUAUAGAA